GAAUGCAUAUUUGUUAUUCCGAUGGCAAAAAACGGUUCACUACUACUCCAUUAGAGAGAGAAUCUCAAAUCUCAAUCUGUGUUUAAGGCGCAUAUAUAUAUAUAUAUACGUCGUCGUUUUAUAAUGGUUGAUGAAUCUGAAUCCAACAUGUUCUUCUUCUUUGAACCUUUUCCGAUCUUCUUCUUCUUCUGACACAUCGGCGAUUCCUCUAGAACCUUCUACCGGCGAUCGCUUCUCAUGAAUUGACCAUUUUGUCCUUCUAUUCUAGAAUCUUCGAUUUGAUCGGCGAUUUUUUUUUCACUUAUUUAUUUGAUUUAUUUAUUGGGAAGAAGAAAAUAGAAAAGAAAUUCGAUGAAAGGUGGUGGAGAAGUUACGGCGGGUCCGUUAGAGUGGAAAUUUUCACAGGUUUUUGGUGAACGGACAGCUGGCGAAGAAGUACAGGAAGUUGAUAUAAUCUCAGCCAUUGAGUUUGAUAGAACUGGUGACCAUCUUGCCACUGGGGAUCGUGGGGGUAGGGUGGUAUUAUUUGAAAGGACCGAUACCAAGGAGCAUGGUGGAAGUCAACGAGAGUUAGAGAGAGUGGACUAUCCAGUUGGUCGGCAUCCAGAGUUCCGCUACAAGACAGAAUUUCAAAGCCACGAGCCUGAGUUUGAUUAUUUAAAGAGUUUGGAGAUUGAGGAGAAAAUCAACAAGAUCCGGUGGUGUCAAACAGCAAAUGGUGCCCUCUUUCUUCUAUCUACUAAUGACAAAACUAUUAAGUAUUGGAAGGUCCAAGAGAAGAAAGUAAAGAAAAUAUCUGAAAUGAAUAUUGACUAUUCCAAAGCUGCUGGAAAUGGCAGUGUAGCCAGUUCGAGUUUAUGUUCCAGCCCAAAGCAGUGUCUUGCAAAUGGGGGCUAUGGAGAUAAAGCUUACAGUUGUUUGAGCAAUGAUUUGUCAUUUCCACCUGAAGGGAUUUCCUCACUACGUCUGCCUGUGGUGACGAGCAACGAGACCAGCCUUCUUGCAAGGUGUAGAAGAGUGUAUGCACAUGCUCAUGACUACCAUAUUAAUUCUAUAUCAAAUAACAGUGAUGGCGAAACGUUCAUAUCAGCUGAUGAUCUUCGAAUAAACCUUUGGAACUUGGAAAUAAGUAAUCAAAGUUUCAAUAUUGUCGAUGUCAAGCCAACAAACAUGGAAGAUCUUACUGAGGUGAUAACUUCAGCAGAAUUCCAUCCUACACAUUGUAACACAUUAGCUUAUAGUAGUUCAAAAGGAUCAGUUCGUCUAAUAGAUUUGCGGCAGUCAGCUUUGUGCGAUUCACAUUCUAAAUUGUUUGAGGAACAGGAAGCACCUGGUUCAAGAUCUUUUUUCACUGAGAUAAUUGCUUCAAUUUCAGAUAUUAAAUUUGCGAAGGAUGGAAGAUACAUACUUAGUCGUGACUACAUGACCCUUAAGCUAUGGGACAUAAACAUGGAUUCUGGUCCAGUUUCAACAUUCCAGGUUCAUGAAUAUUUAAGACCAAAGCUUUGUGACUUAUACGAGAAUGAUUCCAUCUUUGAUAAAUUCGAGUGUUGCCUUAGUGGUGAUGGUACGCGAGUAGCAACGGGAUCUUACAGCAAUCUUUUCCGCGUGUUUGGUUGUGCUGCGGGGAGCACUGAAGCAACUACCUUGGAAGCAAGCAAAAACCCUAUGAGAAGGCAAGUCCAGACUCCUUCAAGGCCUUCCAGGUCCCUGAGCAGCAGUAUAACACGUGUUGUCAGGAGAGGAGCAGAUAGUUCAGGUGUUGAUGCAAAUGGAAACUCAUUCGAUUUCACAACAAAACUGCUUCAUCUGGCAUGGCAUCCGACUGAAAAUUCCAUAGCCUGUGCUGCCGCAAACAGCUUGUAUAUGUAUUACGCAUAAGUCAUAAGAGGAGAUUUGUAGUUUUCUUGGUUAGCAUUUUUGGGUUGCUUUUCGGGAAAGGCUUUCUUUCGGAGCAACUUGAGGGUUCUACAAUUUCUCCCUUCCAGGUGCCUCAAAAAGGUGUAUUCCAUGCUUUUGACGUCAGGGUCCACAUGUCGCUGAAAGGAUCACCAAUUGAGGGACUUAGUCGUUCGUGAGUAGACAGAUGACCUGGGAUUCUUGCUCCCUUCUCCCUGUUUCCGCUUCACCCUUUCCCAAAUCUCCUAUUUUAUUGGGUUGAAGUCAGGAAAGAAUGUCAUUGUAGGUUCCCUACAGGAAAAACUGUUGGAUGUGCUAAUUUGCCACUAGUUCUGAGGUAAAUGUAGCUUUACUCGGAAUCUUGCUGAAAAAGAGCAGCUGCUAACUGGCAAUGGCGUUAAGCUUAUUUUCUUGGGUAGCAUUAUUUUUUGUAGGAUAACUUAGUGUGCUUUUUGUUAUAGAUUAUUAACUAAAGUGAUUUUUUUUUUUUUCUCUGUAAAAGAAGUUGAAGAUCACCUGUAUUUGUUUACCUGUAUUUUUUCCUUCGGUAAAGUCUGGCUGGUACUGAACUUCUGUCACUUCAUAAUCUCAGGUUUUAAUAGUUUGUUGGAUAAAAAUUGCUAGUUUUACUUUGCUUCGGGACCUAUGUAAUGGAAUAAAUUCUGGGAAAACAUUUUCUGACCAAUGGGAAGAGAUAUUUGUAUUCA